AUGAAUAAAGGAUUAUUGUUAGUUUCUAUAUUUACUCUAAUAAGCUUAACAACUUUUUUAAUUUUCCAAAAGAAGUCUGCGAAAGAUUUAUUAAACAUUUCUCCAAUAACCUUUGAAUAAUUUGUUCUUUGUUUUAGCAAGGUUCCAUAAAUUACUGAAAUUUAAUGUGCUACUUCAGAAGGAUUCAUGUUAACGUCAAAUGAAUUUACUGAUUACAUAACGCCUUUGAACUCAAAACCUCCUUAAGCUUGUAUUGAUUUAGAUAACUUGUAAAAAUAAUCUACAACACAAUUCUACAUCAAUUAAGAUAACUUAUUCUUCUCUUGCUAUGCUAAUGAAACAGCAAGAAGAAUAGCUAAUAAUAAUGAAUGUUUCUUCAAAAACUUUUAUGCCCCAAUAUACCUCAUAUGCAGUGGUUUAGAUAUUUAUGCCUAUCCCCCUUAUACUAAAUUUGAUAUUAAAAAUUGA